AACACACCUCUCCGUUUUUCUUCCCGGAUCAAAAAAACUCUGAAAUCAAUUACUCCAAAUCCAAAAAUUUUUUAAAAAAAAAAAUACUAAAAAUAACAAAAAUCAAUGGCGAGAUACGACAGAGCUAUAACAGUAUUCUCACCGGACGGCCAUCUUUUUCAAGUCGAAUACGCCUUGGAAGCCGUCCGGAAAGGUAACGCCGCCGUAGGUGUCCGCGGCACCGACACCAUCGUCCUUGGCGUUGAAAAGAAAUCCACCGUUAAACUUCAAGACUCUAGAUCGGUAAGGAAAAUUGUGAACCUGGAUGAUCACAUUGCAUUGGCUUGUGCUGGACUCAAGGCAGAUGCUCGUGUUCUUAUUAAUAAGGCACGGAUUGAGUGUCAGAGCCAUAAGCUUACAGUUGAGGAUCCUGUAACUGUAGAGUAUAUCACUCGUUACAUUGCGGGGCUUCAACAGAAAUACACACAAAGUGGUGGUGUCAGGCCAUUUGGGCUUUCAACCUUGAUUGUAGGUUUUGAUCCCUAUACUGGGGUUCCUGCAUUAUAUCAGACAGAUCCUUCAGGAACUUUUUCUGCGUGGAAAGCUAAUGCCACUGGCCGGAACUCCAAUUCCAUGAGGGAGUUUCUAGAAAAGAAUUACAAAGAGACCUCUGGCCAAGAAACUGUUAAACUUGCCAUACGUGCUCUACUUGAGGUUGUUGAGAGUGGAGGAAAGAACAUAGAAGUUGCAGUGAUGACAAAGGAGGGACUAAGGCAACUGGAUGAAGCUGAAAUCGAUGCCAUUGUUGCAGAAAUCGAAGCAGAAAAGGAAGCUGCUGAGGCUGCUAAAAAAGGUCCUGCUAAGGAAACAUGAUUGUCCUAAAGUUCAUCCCCAAUUGCUUACUUGGUCUUCUUUGUUCCUUAGAACUCUUGAGUUUGAUCUUUUGGAUACAUGUAUGUCUGUUGAAGUCUCUUGGCGUGUUCUUUCCCCAGUUGUAUGGUAGUUGUACGGAAUCUGUUCCAUUUGAAGUUUAAGGAUCUUUAAUUAAUGCUUCUGAUUGCAUGCA